CGCUGUGUUGUGAAAGCACGAACCGGAACAAAGCGAAUCGAAUCGAAUCGAUCGGACCACCCAUGGCCGGCGCAGCAGAAUCAUCCGGCAAGCCACGCGACACGGAACCAGAACCAUCCCUUCCAACGCCGGACACCGCCACCGGUGCCUCGCUGUCUUUGACGCUUUCCGGCAUCCGGGAUCGCGCCGCGGCGAGCUUCGAGUCAAUCGCAAAAGCUACCCUGGUGGUUUCGGCGGUCCUCUUUGUCGCGGACCCCCUCCCCCCCUACACGAGGCUGGCGGCACUCGUCUCCUGUUUCUCGGUCCUCAAGCUCAGCGCCGCCCACAAGCAGCUACUGAUCCGGCGCCAGCACGAAGAGGAGCAGGCGGGACUGGAAUUCGUCGCCGACGGAACCACCGAAACGGAAGCGGAACAGCAGCAUCGACGGGGGAAGCAGCACAAGGACAAGCUCCAAUAAGCAGUGAAAAAAUACUCUUUCGGUCACGAACGAAUCAAGGAUUUUAUUUGUUGCGAGGCAUUGCAUUGCACAGCACAGCUCGUCGGAGCCCAGAAACCCGUCGCAGAGCCCGGCAUGGCGCCCCGAACGCGCACGCGGCAGCGUGUGGGCCGGCGCAAGUGGAUGCGGGACCAGCACCAGCGGCUCUCCGACGAGACCGUCCUGGCCCUGACAAAGAGCGGCGAGGAACCGGAGCCACCGCCGGCGGCUGCAGCGGGAGGAGCCGACCGCCCCCGCGACGGUGGCGCUUGGCAUUCCCGGAACACGGAAGUUCCGCGCGGCGGUGGCGGGAAAGGACCCGCAGGAGACAACCGCGGCACCCACCCAGAUCCCAGGGAACCGCACCUUCAGCACCCGCCGGGAUGCCUCUGUUUCCUGCUGAAGCAAUCGCGGGGGAGGAAUUUCUUUCUGCCGCCGUCGAUGGUUGCUCCAGGGGACCACGACGGCGACGACACUGCCAAUUAUUGCGUCCAAGCGAGCGACCAGAGGGCGAAAUAGCACUCUGCGACGACAAGCAUCUGCACACGGUUCCGCGGUUGCGUUCUUGCUUCUAACGAUAGGUGCAGGAAAGAAAUUUAGAAUGAAAGCGAAUAAAUUUCAUGCCGUGUG